CGGUAAAUUACGUUUCGGAAUAAAGUCCGAAAAUCCAAAAUGGCAGAAAAAGGAAAAAUGUUGCAGAAGGGGAAAGGUGGAAUGCGAAUGGUUCCAGUAAAUGAAUCAUCUGCCAGUCCAUUUACCUUGCCUGAACCGUUCUGGAUACCAGAUGCACAGUGUCAGAGUUGCAUUCAGUGCCAGGGAAAGUUUGACUUCCUGAACAGAAGGCAUCACUGUCGACGUUGUGGGAAAUGUUUCUGUGAUACAUGUAGUUCCACCAAAUUAUCUCUGCCUCGAAUGUUGUACGUAGAUCCGGUGAGACACUGUGCCGGAUGUACCGGCAUUAGCAAAAAGGAAAACGAUUUCUUCGAGAAACAUGUAAAAGCUCUGUUAGCAGGUGGGUCAUUCCAUGUAAAUCAGUCAGGGGAGACAAAUGACAAUGACACUGUGUUUGUAUGCAAACUUUCUCCUGAUCACAGACAUUUACACUUUGAGAAUGCCAACAGGAGACUAGAUGACAUCAGUAUGACAGACAUUGAUGCUGUACAGAUCUGGACUGAGGAAAACGACUCUGAUGGUAACCCACUGGCCAGUGGUCUUGCUAUGAAAUAUAAGGACAGUUGUGGAGAAAUGCAGCUAGUCAAGAUGGUUGUAGCUGGUCAGAACAAGCGGCAGGGACAAUGCUGGGUGGCCAGUAUGCAGAAG